AUGCGGUCUGCACCGCUUUUCAACGGCCUGCUGGCCGCUGCCGCUUUGGCAGUUCCGGCGGCCGCAGCCAACGACAACCCCAUUGUCACCUGCACCCAGCCCAAUCUGUUCUCUAACCCAUCUUUCGAGAACUCUGCGAUAACCCCCUGGGCCACCAGCCCCUCCGGCGGUUCUCGCCUGUCAUCAAGCAAGAGCACUGCCGGCUCCUAUGUCCUUAACCUUCCUGCCACGUCCUCGUCGACAACCUCGUAUACCGUGACGCAGAGUGUUACGUUGGUCAAGGACGCGGAGUAUGCCAUCUCCAUUGACCGGUACAUCGGUGUCAAGGCAGGCAACACCAAGACCUGUUCCUUCUACAUGUACCAGGGCACUACAUCCAACAAGUUUGCCUCCGUUUCCAACCAGGCUUUCUCCAGCUCCGGUGCUGGCAAUGCGUUCAGCACCUGGACAGGAACUUUCACCGCGACGGCCAGCGGCAGCCAAACCAUUGGACUUUACCUCUCUUGCUCUGGCUCUUCUUCUUCUGACCCAACUUUUGCCUAUCUCGACAACGCUUCCAUCUCUACCACGGCAAGCUGCUGCCAGCAGAACGCUUUCACGAACCCCUCGUUCGAGAGUGGUCUGACCGGAUGGUCUUUCACUGAUGGUGCUAACCGUGUCUCGUCGUCGGCUCAACACUCUGAUGGACUUCUCUCCCUUGCGGACCCCCUCACGGAUGGAAAGAUUACUGCCAAGCAGGCCAUCACCGGACUGUCGACCUCAUCCACCUACGACGUCGAAUUUGACUAUCAAGUCGGUAUCGAUAGCUCCAACGGCGCGACUGCGUACAGGUAUUGUAGUGUUACCUUGAGCCAGGCAACCAGCUCAACUGGCACUCUCUAUACGCUCUCAAGUGUAUCUUCGACGACGUUCACCAAAAACUCGAACCAAGGAUGGAAAAACCUCAAGGCAACCGGCUUCACCCCCAAGGCCUCGACUAUCUACAUUUCCGCCACAAUCAGUUGUACCUCUGGAAGCGCCACUGGCACAAUGUACAUGGAUGACUUCAAGCUCUUCCUGAGUGCUACUUGCCCAGCACCAUCCACGACCAGCAGCCUUUCUACAGUCGCAUCCACGACCAGCGUAGCAUCCACAACUUCUGCCGCUUCAUCUACGGCUGCCUCUACCACACCUGCUGAUUCAACCACCGCGGCCUCAAGCACAGAUGUGUCGUCUACCCCUGCUGCUUCAAGCACCGCUGCUUCAAGCACAGAUGUGUCGUCUACCCCUGCUGCUUCAAGCACCGCUGCUUCAAGCACAGAUGUGUCGUCUACCCCUGCUGCUUCAAGCACCGCUGCUUCAAGCACAGAUGUGUCGUCCACCGCCGCCUCCAGCACCGCCGCUUCCAGCACAGAUGUGUCUUCCACCCCUGCCUCAAGCACUGCCGCGGCUUCAUCUACCGCCGCUUCAAGCACCGACGUGUCAUCCACCGCUGCCUCAUCCACCGCAGCCUCGUCCACUCCGGCUGCAGUGUCUUCCUCAGCACCAUCGGCCUGCCAGACGAAUGGCUUCUCUAACCCCUCCUUUGAGACCGGUCUAGAUAGCUGGACUUUCACUCAGGGCUCUGCGAAUCAAAUCAGUUGGGAUCACACCGACGGAGCCUACUCAGUUGCAUUCUCCGGUACCGAGGUUGUCCAAUUCAGCCAAACUGUAUCCGGGCUUACCACCCGUGAACACACCGUCUCAAUUGACUACAGAGUCAACGGUGCCACGGCCCCUGACACCAUCCAGAGGACAUGCCAGCUUAGUGUGUCUGAUGAUUCCCACGUCAUCUCCACUGGUCCCUCAACAGUCUACACUUCGACCUCGAACACGGAGUGGAAGUCUUUCCAGGCUACAUGGACGCCCACUGGCGGUAGCACCGCUCUCACCUUCCUGCUUUCGUGCACCAGCACCGGAUCGUCGCCAUACGCGUACAUCGCUUUCGAUAACGCCAAGAUUGAGGUGGACGCCGCCUGCCCCUCUACUACUGUAGCAUCAACCACCCCUGCGUCAACCACAGAUGUGUCGUCUACGGCUGCUUCGUCAACUGCCGCUUCCAGCACCCCAGUCUCUUCCACCGAUGUAUCAUCCACCGCCGCCUCAAGCACCGAUGCGUCAUCCACUGCCGCUUCAAGCACCCCAGCUUCAACCGAUGUCUCAUCGACUGCUGCGGCCUCUAGCACUGACGUAUCGUCUACCCCAGCUUCAACUGAUGUCUCAUCUACUGUUGUGGCUUCCAGCACUGACGUCUCGUCCACUCCUGCCGCUUCCACAACUGAUGUGUCAUCUACCCCGGCUUCAACCGAUAUCUCGUCGACCGCUGUGGCUUCUAGCACCGAUGUCUCGUCUACCCCAGCUUCAACUGACGUCUCAUCAACUGCUGCGGCCUCCAGCACUGAUGUCUCUUCCACUCCUGCCGCCUCAAGCACAGAUGCCUCAUCCACCCCGGCAUCGUCCACGGGAGCCUCAAGCACUGAUGUCUCUUCUACCCCAGCUUCAAGUGAUGUCUCGUCGACUGCUGCGGCCUCUAGCACAGAUGCAUCCUCAACUCCCUCGGCUACUGGAGUUUCAAGCACUGAUGUCUCUUCUACCCCAGCGUCAAGCGAUAUCUCAUCUACCGCUGUUGUUUCUAGCACAGAUGUGUCUUCAACUCCUGCUGCCUCAAGCACGGAUAUCUCGUCUACCCUUGUGGCUUCUACCACGGAUGCAGGAUCUUCGGCCGCCAUCACCCCAUCUGCCACUUCUGAUGUUGCGACGCCGUCAGCCACCCCCUCGGGAUCUCAGUACAUUGACAACGCGGACUUCUCGGCUGGUCUGGCUUACUACACCACCAGUGGCAAUGUUUCUUUUGUCAGUGAUGAUGGCUACAAUGGUAAUGGCGCUGCCCAGCUAUCGACUAGGGGAAAUGACGACGAUAACACUCAGGCCUCGCCUGUCCAGAAGCGUGAUGACCCUGUCACCUCCAUUUCUGGCACUCUUCAUAACCUCGUUGCCGGUUCGCCCUACACUGUGGCGUUCCACUACAAGGUUCUCGCAGCGUCACCUGAUGAUAGCUGCCGUGUGAGAGCCUACUUCAACGGAAACAACUUUGCCAACACUGAUCGAUUCCCUCUCACAACCACACCCAACACCCAGUGGAGCGAGUUGGCCGGCACCAUCGUCCCUACCUCUACUAGCGGUUCUUUGACUAUUUCGAUCAACUGCAACGCCGCGGGUUUCGCCAGUAUCCUUCUUGAUAGCAUCAAUGUGUCUGCUGGCGCUGUAAGCUCCACCACGCCUGUCUCCUCAGCGGCAACCCCUUCAGCUACCCCCUCAGCUACCGACUCUGCCUCUGUCACACCCGUGUCUUCCGCUACACCUGUUUCGGAUGUUUCGUCAACCACGCCCACCACCUUCGCCACCCUGACGACCCCCGUCUCGUCCUCCACCAUCCCUGCCUCGACCACUGCGUCGUCGACCUCGGCCGAUGUCACCCCUGCUCCUACACCCAGCCGCAGGCCCUGCAAGAGCAGGAAGCUCCAGCGCCGAGCUCUCCUGGCUAGCCAGAACCAGUUCUAG